UCAAUAUGAGGAUGAUGCUUUUGUUAGUUACCAUAGUGAUAAACAGUUGUGCAGGGAGUUAGAAAAUGGAGAUGAUAUUAAGUUCACACUUAUGUACGAUGACAGGAUCAUGCCUGGUGGCUCAUUCUUCACAUCGCUAGGCAACGCUAUGUAUAGCUGUAGGAAGAUCAUACUUGUGGUGAGUCGUGGAUGGGUAGAUGCUGCUCUCAACCAGUUUGAGAUGGAUAUGGCGCUGGUGACAUUGCUUGAUGACCACAAGGACAUGAUCAUUGUGCUCCUCAUGGAACACAUCCCUAAAGCUGAGAUGUCUGACACACUGAGAAUGAUGGUGAAACACAACACCUGCCUCAAGUGGAGUGACAAUGAGAGAAAACAGGCAAAGUUCUGGAGGGACCUGAAACUGGAACUAGGGAAACAUCACUUGGAAGAACCAUAAAGCCUGACCACAAAUCAUAGAAGUCGCAAACAACAGGUUUGAACUUUUAGAUUCACAGUGAGAAUCUAAGAUGAUAUAUUGGACCAAAUUAUAUGUAUUAAUGCCAAGAUGGACUAAUUAGCAAAUGGAUGGAUGAACUUCUGUAUUUUC